CCUGCAAACAUACAACAGAGACUCAUCGAUAUCGCUAAAAAGGAUUAGCUGAUUAGUUGUCGACAUAUUUGUCUGUAAUUAAAAAUUCUAAAUUAACUUUUUAGAAUUAAUUUGUGUGAUAUUGAUAAUAUUUUCCACGUAUAUUUUGCAUAUUAUAGUGAUUUUUGUCGUUCCGUAUCAAUGUUUCAUACAAAUUUUUUACUUCCAUCGCAACGCACGAGCACAUAUCUAUACUAUAUAUUGUUAACAAGGGCCAAGCAUUGCUUAUGGAUUGUGGGGAAUGGAACCACUCUGUUCAACAAUCUGACUGUUGACUUGAUGGAUCAGAUUAUGGAUUUUCCUGUUGACCCAAUCAUGGCAGCUAAGGCCUAUAAGUAUAAAGCAGAAAUACUUCUUAAGGAAUACUUGCUAGCAGAUUCAUAUGUUCUAUACACUUCUGUGCUCGCGGGGCUUCUGAUGUGCAAGUUGGUACUGUUAUUUUUACUGAUUGUUUUUUAUGGCUUGGUUGCUUGUGUUUGUGCUCUGGUAUAUGCAGCCAAGAUCAAGAUUGGGAUCAAUGGGUUCGGUAGGAUCGGAAGGCUGGUGGCCAGGGUGGCCCUACAGAGUGACGAUGUCGAGCUCGUCGUCGUGAACGACCGCUUCAUCAGCACCGACUACAUGGUAUGGUCCCUCGGCUACCACUGAAAAGGGGCCACCACUGAAGUUAGCUUCUUCUGAUCAACUCAGUCGUUUACUCCUUGGCCAAUAGUAGCAAAAAGAGAAGACACUAAACACCACCUAAAGGUGAAACACCGGUGAUGUUCUGAUGGUCAGCAUCAUCACUUGCUGAAGUUCCAUUUUUAUCUGGCACUUUCAAGGGCACUGAAGUCUUCGUGUCGCCCAGAUGAGGAUCGAGAAUGUUGGUCUGAGCUUGGACCUUCUGAGAACUAUGCUUAAAUCCAUUGGAAAGGUUUCCUGGCUGCUCUUGGAAGGAACUUCGGAGGUUAAGAUUAUCUGAUGGCCCCUUUUGAUUGAAAUCUUGCCCGGCCGCAUCCAAUAUCCUUUCUUCAUUCUGCUGUUGCACUGUUCUGUGUACUUGGUGCAGCAGAUCUGGGCCAAUUCAGAUGGUGAUGCUGCUGGUGCUUUUGUUGCGCUUGCAUCUGAAGGUGCUGCUGAGAAAUGCUGGCCGAAGCUGCAGCGGCGGUAGAGGCAGGGGUGUUGGAAUUUGUGGGUUUGCUUCCCAUGAAUGCAUUUGAAGAUUCUGUUCCGAUAAGGCUCAGGGUGCGGGACGAAGUUUCAU